GCUGCCGUUGUAGCUCAGUGUUUUAACGGCAACGCGCGAGGAGCAGCCGUUAAACAAACUUAACGGCUGCUAAGUAGCUUUGAGCGGCUAACGGUGCCAGCAGCAGCAGCAGCAGCAACACAGCAGCAGCAGCGGCAGCGUGUUAAAGACCCUCCACAGCCUACAGACCUCCAAGACAACCACAGAUAAUUCAAAGUUAAAGCUAAAAAAGGACAUUUUUUAAAUUUUUUGUUUUUACACUCCCGGUUCCUUAUUAUUCUCGUGUGUUGCGGGGAACUGCAAGCUGAACAUUUAUCUGCGUUUGCCAGGCAGCUCGCUCGCUCGCUUCGCCUCAGUCAGACAGUCAGUCAGUGUGACGGCAGCAGCUCAGAGGUCGGGGGGAAAAGGACGAGAAGAGACAGUUGGAUGAAGAGGAGGAGCUGCUGGUGAAGGGAAAGUUCAGGAAGUUGAGGUCAGAAGAGGCAAUGAGAGAGAGCGAGAGAAAGAACAGCAUGUCUCAAUCAUCCCACAGCAGGGCUGCCUCCUGAGGACAGUGGGGGCUCUCGAAUGAUCCCCCCGUUCAUCCGAUGAACCACCUUAACUCCAUGAAACCCUCCCUGCCGCCCAAUCCGCAAAGCACUGACGGCCCCUUCCUAAAUGACCCAGUCUCCUGGCAACCAGGCACCAAUCAGCACGCAGGAUCUCUCUCUGUAGUAACCACAGUGUGGGGCGUGACCAAUCCCACACACAGCCAGGUGUUCGGUGGGCACAUGGGUCCUGGUGAGAGCUCUGGUGGUCACAUGAUGCCCGGUGGCAGCCCUGGUAUGGGUCCAGGAAUGGGCUCCCAGUUCAUGGGCCAGCAGUCCUAUGGAGAGGCUGUUUCUAAAGGUUACGGCCAGCCGGUCAUGUACGGACGUCCCAGCGCUGCUUACAACCCCGCCUCAGCCUACGGUGGAAGUUACUCUGGUAACAGUGGAGGUGCCGGUCUGGGCGUCCGUCCUCCCUCUGACUUCACUCAGGCUGCUGCCGCCGCUGUUGCUGCCGCCGCUGCCACAGCAACUGCCACUGCUACAGCAACCGUAGCAGCAAUACAGGAGAAACAGAACCAGGAGCUGAGCUAUGGACAGAUGGGUGGAGCAUCCUCUUACAGCACCCAGUUCCUGUCUCAUUCGGGCCCCCGCGGCCCUCCUCCAGGGAUGGUCUCCUCCAGGCCCGGACCUCCACCCACCACCGGAGGCUUGUAUCCGUCUCACCCUGCCCAGGCUCAGAAGAUGCCCCAACACGCAGGGUAUCCAGGGGGACCACAGGGGCUAAAACGGCCCUUUCAUUCAGAGGGUUUUCCGGUGCAGCAGUACGGCUCUGGCGGGAUGUCCGGGUACCCUAACCAGCCUCUGCAGUACCCAGCUGGUCCACCGCAGCGCUGUGCCCCCUCACCCUCUUACCCCACCAGUCGGAUGCCCCUCAUGGGACAGUACACAUCUGCAUCGCACAACCCAGGACAGUUUCCACCCGGAGCCGGUCAGCCCAAUCCUCCUCAGUAUUACAAGUCAGAGCCGUUCAACGGUCAGGGCGGCCUGCCAUCUGGAGGAGCUGGAGGAUACAAUGCCUUCACACAGGCUGCAGUGAGCGGGCCAGGUCGGGGUGGAGUGAUGCCCGGGUAUCCCAGCUCUCCGAUGGGAGGGAAUCCCACGCCGCCGAUGACACCUGGGACGUCCAUACCUCCCUACCUGUCCCCAGGCCAGGACACAAAACCCCCCUACCUUCCCCCGGACAUCAAACCCAACAUCAACACCCAGCAGGUCUCCACAGGUAACCCCAGUGACGAUCUGCGUCUGACGUUCCCAGUACGAGACGGCAUCGUGCUGGAGCCGUUCAGACUGGAGCACAACCUGGCCGUCAGUAACCACGCCUUCCAGCUGAGAGACUCCGUCUACAAAACACUCAUGAUGAGGCCUGAUCUGGAGCUGCAGUUCAAGUGUUACCACCACGAGGACCGACAGAUGAACACUAACUGGCCUGCAUCAGUGCAAGUGAGUGUAAACGCGACUCCUCUCUGCAUCGAAAGGGGCGACAACAAAACUUCCCACAAGCCCUUGUACCUGAAGCAAGUGUGUCAGCCAGGACGUAACACCGUACAGAUCACAGUGACGGCCUGCUGUUGUUCCCACCUGUUUGUGUUGCAGUUGGUCCACCGGCCGUCUGUCAGGUCUGUCCUGCAGGGUCUGAUGAAGAAGAGGCUCCUGCCGGCCGAGCACUGCAUCACUAAGAUAAAGAGAAAUUUCAGCAGCGGCACCAUCCCCGGGACCCCCGGUCUGAACGGAGAGGACGGCGUCGAGCAGACGGCAAUUAAAGUUUCCCUCAAAUGUCCGAUCACGUUCAGACGAAUCCAGCUGCCAGCCAGAGGUCACGACUGCAGACACAUACAGUGUUUCGACCUGGAGUCCUAUUUGCAGCUGAAUUGUGAAAGAGGGACCUGGAGAUGUCCGGUGUGCAAUAAAACCGCUCUGCUCGAGGGGCUCGAGGUCGACCAGUACAUGCUCGGGAUUCUUGUCUACAUCCAGAAUUCGGACUACGAGGAGAUCACCAUAGACCCGGUGUGUGGUUGGAGGCCGGUGCCCGUCAAACCGGACCUGCACAUAAAGGAGGAGCCCGACGGUCCGGUCCUGAAACGCUGCCGAACAGUCAGCCCGAGUCACAUGGUGCUGCCUAACGUGAUGGAGAUGAUCGCUGCUCUGGGUCCGGCGUCGUCGCCCUACCAGAGCAUGACUGCUGGGGGCAGAAACACCCCCGACUACAACAGGCCAGGGAGCCAGGGAUUCUCCAGCCAAACGGCAUUCACAGACUUCCCCAACACUCCCGGCACCCCGACACUGGGAGAGUACGCCUCGUCCGGACCACCGCCUCCGCUCUCCUACCAGCCUGAGCAGACGCCUCACCCUGGCCGAAUCGAGCACGCCCACAGCGUCCUCCAGCAGCACAGCUCAGGCGUUCACAGUAAUCAGAGUCUCGGUGACGCAGGCAGUCCGCUGCCACAGCGGAACACCAACACCCAGAAUUCCCGGCUGCAGAGCGAAGGCUCCUUCGGUCUGGGAGGGCCGGGAGCACCUGGAGGAGAGGGAGCAGAUCAUGCACUCGAUCUUCUUCCUGAGCUGACAAACCCUGACGAGCUGCUGUCGUACCUCGGCCCCCCCGACCUCCCCAACAACAGCAGCGACGACCUGCUGUCUCUGUUCGAGAACAACUGACGACUUCACCAACGGUCAUCUUCCAGUCCAGCCUCCGCUCCUCUGCUCGCUGUAGCCCUGCCCUCAUUGGUUCAAGACAGCACCGUCUCUGUUGGCACCCACUACUUAGUGUGUGUGUGUCUGAGUGUGUGUGAGUGAGUGUGUGAAUAAUUGCGAGUGUGUUUUUGUGUAUCUCUAUCUUUUUGAAGUGUCCUGCUGUACUGUGACACUCAUUCAGUGCAGUCUACAGGAGGAGGAGGGAACACUUUGACAUGUGAACACUGUCUAUAGGCACUGACUCUGCAGACCAGCAUUUAAAACUAUAGCACAAACCACAGGCUGAAGGAUUUAAAUAUACGCUAUUUAAUUUAUAGAUUUUAUGAGCUCAAGUGGAGGAUGACGAGUGCCGGGGUGUGUUUAUGGACCCAUUAAUGCUCUGGUUCCCAAACGUUUUCCGUCGAUUAACGAGCAGACACACACACACACACACACACUUGCACGUUCCUGGUGGAUUACUUUGCAGCACAAACACCAUAUUUCUACUCUUUACCUCAUGAUCGUUGUGACAACAUAUGUAAUGAUUGUCAUUGUUUUACCGUUCCAGAGCUGUAAAAUCUCUUCACAUAAUACUUUAACCGCUGUGCAGGGUUUGUUUAUUUAUCGUCUGCUUUAAAUUUACUUUUACAAACCUCUCCGUGCUUUACGUUCUCUCUGACCUACGUUUGGGAACCACUGCAUGAAGGUUAAGGCUCGUGAUGUUCUGCAUAUUUCUUACUGUCAACAACUCCCAUGAAAGAAAACAAACAACAAAACCAUCGUGGUGUUUCUGCCGUCAUCUCCGAGCAUAUUGAUUCUCUGAAAACUUUUUUAAUGCUGAUAAUAUCAGCAUCUCCUACAUGAUUUAAUUAGAAGAUUCUACAUUUGGGGUAAACAAACUGAAUAUGUGGUUUACAUGACCCUAGUGUGAAUGUAAACGUGGUCAGUGAUGUGUUUUCAGAGCUGUUGAAUGUUGAUUUUGAGUUUUACAUGGGAUGUUUUGACAACAAGAGAAAUCUAUAAUUUCACGAGAAUUAUCCUUUGAAGAACAGUUUGCCCAAAAAGUGAAUUUCUAUUUAUUUGCUCACCCACAUGUUGAUGGAAAGUCAGGUGAGGUUACAUAAUCCACAGAACAUUUCUGGAGCUUCACAGCAAAACAGUUGCAGCAGCUGGAGACUUGUAAUGUGAGAAAACAACAGAGAAAAAACAUAAAAUGGUGUCAUACAGCGUGUAAUCCAAGUCUCCAGAAGUUGAGAGAAUCCCAAAUUGAUUUGAAAAGAUGUUAUUUAAAGCUGUAAUCUUUCCUGCGGCUGCUAAGUUAAAAGCACAGCCCCUCUAAAGAUGGUAUGGGAGCUGGACCUCAUGUUGAGGGUGUAAAUAAGGUCUUCACAAAUUAAUUUGGACAAACGAGUUCCAUCUACUUCACUUGUUUAGGAGAAAGCUGCAUCACUGUUUUUCUGUGAAGCCCCAGAAAUGUUUUGUGGGCUCGUAUUUUUGGGUGAACUGUUCCUUUAACACAAUGAUGUAAGAUAAGGGCAGUUAAAAGUGGUCACGUAUGUUUCAGAAGACGAAGUUAAAGAAUCCACGAGUGACCUCACGUUUUAAAGAAGGAAAAAAAAAAUAAAAAUGUACAAUAGACAUUUUUUUACACAUGAAGUUGGGAGAGCGCUGAGGUUCAUUGUGUCUCCGACGUCCUUCAGCACUGUGAAGAAUAUAAAAACUCCCAUCUUUCCUCUCCUCUGUUGGUUUUCACCCUCUUUGGAGGGGUUUUUCAAGCAUACUGUAAAUGAGUACAGCUGUGUGUCAUGGCAUUUUCUGCCAUUUGAAAGCUAUUAGUAUGUUUCUCAUGUGUAACCCACCAUGACACGGGUUCAUGUACUGUAUAAUCAGCUGUUUUCAUUAGAGAACGUGUGUGUAUCAAAUGAAUUGUUAAUCAUGGUCAUUUUAAUGUUAUUAGUUGGAUAAUGGAUCAUUGUUGGCACUGUAUACAUACUGUAUGUUAGAAAAUUAUAAAGCAAUUGUAAAAAAAAAAAAAGAGAGAAAAAUCAUCUGAAGUCGUACAAACGCAUGUAUGACAGAAAAGUCAGCUGACAUCCAGUAAUGCAGUUAAAGACGCAGAAAUUAUUCUUAAUACCACUUUUUAAAGCUGACGUUUUUUUCUACGGAUGAUUUUCCGACCGGUCAGACAUGGAAACAAGAAGAAAUAAUGUUCUUUGCCAAUUGAGCAACACAUUAAUGUUAUAUUUGGAAGAAAAAUUAUGAACUAUUUAACUGCAAAUUUGCUAGUAAAAAAAAAAAAGUUUUUUAAUAUGUAAACUAUUCCACAUAUUUUGUAACACAUUGUAAUUGCCAUUAUUUUCUAUUUAUUUUUUAACCAUAAUCGUCAUUGUACCUACAGUUACCUUGUCCUUUUCCUGAAACUCAGAAUCAGAAUUAAAAAUCACUUUAUUUGACGAAAAGAGUUUGUCGCUCUGGUCUGUGAAUUUUAACAUUAAAGCUGCUACAAGGAA